AUUGUUGUUGAGUUUCGUUCCCGCUUCAGACUGCUCAGUAGAUUGUCCUCUUUGGAGGAGAGUUAAUUCAGGAAUGAGCUCAAACAUACCGGAUCGAAAAGCUUAGAUCGAGCACAACCGGCAUAAGCCUGUCUGAACGGCUUAAACCUCUAGACUGCCUAUCGCAAGAGCUUUGCGUCGAGUUGGCACAUGUCCCAGUCGAGACUGGUGGACGAAGCUUUGCGAGUCGCCACCUGGAAAGAUGAGCCAAAUUCGUCUGAACGAUGGAGUAAGAAUGGAAAGUACAUCAUGAUCACAACAAAUUGUGAAGAUCAUCAACGAAUAUACGAAAAAUUGCGAGUAGAGAAGACAAUUGGACGUUAUUUUUACUGAACUUUCACAUUAAGUUAUUGUUACAAAUACAAAUAUGAAAUAUAUACGAGAAAGACGCCGCCAGCCUAGGGCUUUGUCCAGCGGUAUAAUGACGAACGAACUUACAAGCUUAAAAACAAGGCUGGGAAGCUGCAUAAGUAUAAAGCCGAGAUCCAAAGAGCUGUGUUAAUUACUGGGUUGCUGAGGAUUAAGGCUCAUCCAACCUCGAUUUGCUCUCACUAACAGAGCUAGCCCUGACACAGUUGUAGUAGAAGUAUAAAGAACGGGGAGGAAGC